GCAGACGACAUUGGCAACGACGAAGCGGACGAUGAGGAGGCCGCAGCAGAACCCAACAAGGAACUUGGCCAACAGGUUCCUGACGAGGACCCCCGCCCAAAGAACAGAAAAGAAUUCAAUGAGUUACGCAAGAAAUACAAGAACCGUUUUCAGAUGGCGUUUGCUUUCCUCUCAGAAAGGGACUUGCAGGUUCAGAUCAGGAUGAUCGUCCAGGGAUUGGAAUAUUUUCAUGAAGAAUACUCCAUCCACCUGAAUGCCCACAAGCUUGGGCAAACCAAUUUGGCCAUUUGGUCUGGCCUGCGGUCUCAGGGCAAAUACAUGGCUGACACAGUCAGGCAAACCAUGAAUUUGCUCUCAUCAGCGUCCGUCAUGUCGGACUUUGGUCUCACUCCAUGCUUUGGUGUGCCUCUGCGCAUCGAUGCGCCAAUGGCACAAGCCGAAUCCAAGUUGGCAAAGCUGUUCUUCAAUUUCAUUGUGGACUUGAGCGCCAACCGUGUGUGGAGCCAGAUGCACUUUCAGUGGUGCAUGCCGUACGCUUGCUCUCAAAUUUUUUUGCCAUCAAAGGAACACAAACAGGUUCAAUUUGCAUUGAAAAAACUGACCCAAGCAAUUCUGAAGUUGGAAAGGGCCUGCAUGGACCAACCAAAGAAUGUCAAACUACAGGCGUUGCACCAACGGCUGGCCACAAAUGGGUGGCCGUAUACCCGUGAGCUGAUGGCUCAAGGUGAGAGUUGCGAGUGGGACUUGCAGAAUCAAGAUCUCCGGGAUUUGGUGUAUGCAAUGGUAGCAGGGCCAUCUCAAACGAAGACAGUACUGGAAGACACCUUUGGAUGGCUACAAGAUAGCGCUCAAAGGCAAUCAAAGGCCUUCAAAAUGAGUAUUGCAACCAGGAACGCAUAUAGUAUGAUAUGCCCAUAUCCUGCAGCAGGGGGUUGUCCCCAAGUUGCCCCUUCCAAAGCAGAUUUCACCGGGCUGACAGCACAGAAGGCUCUCAGUUUUUUCAACCUCAAACCCUUUGACAGCCGCAGCACAUCUGUCCCAGUUGACUCAAAAGGAAGUCCCCUGAUGACAGCAGAGUUGUUGCAAAACCAUUGGCGCAAAGCCGGUUUCUAUGCAAACAGGGAAGGUGCAGCAGCCUCAGCUUUCAUUUUCAUGUUUGCUGAUUCCAAUUUUGCAUCUUUGGACAAGAUUUGGGCAGGUUCCCUUUUGGUGCACCGAGAGGUGUAUCUGAACACCCGCAGCGGCAGAAGCUGGCUCAGCAUGGGUUUUUUCUCCUAUGCUGGAGUUGCAUACCCUUUGCAAGCGAUGAAUGUUGCCACUGGCGAUGGGGUUGAGGAGGAGAGGGUGUUCAAGCUCAAAUUCGGUGACGGGACGAAGCCGUCGUUUAUUUUCAACACAGACGCUGGGGAACAGAGCCCAUGGAAACAUAUUCCCACAGUGUUGCUUCCUCCCUGUUCUGCCCCGAGGGGCUUUGAAGGUGUCUGCCUACGACAGACAGGUCCGCAACAGGAAUUGGUCCGGGCCGCCAUUUUGCUGGGAGAAAAUUUCACAAGGGAUCAGCUCGUUGAAAUUCUGUCUUCGGCAUCAGUGGAGACUGAAAAGAGGCCAAAAUCGAUGAGGAAACCAGAGCUAGUCGAGGCAGUUGUUCAACACUUCUUUCCUGACUUGCCGAAAGAAGAACAAGAUUCGAUCAAGGAACGGAUGUGUGCAAACAGCAGCAAUACCAAAAAGUUGGAUUGCCCGCAGGAUGUUGUGGAGGCAGUGAGUGAGAUGGACGUAUCAGAAGUCAAACAUUUUGACAAACUGCGGGAGCAGGCAAAGGAGCAGCUCGAGCACAUCAAGAACAAACUUCUUGAGACUGUCUUUGAGGAGAAAUUUCAAGCCAAAGCUGCCAAGCAGCGUGCUCAGCAUGAGCCUGUUCCUCACCCAGAAGAACCUCCACCCUUCGUUCCUGCUCCCCCUGGACCGGGGGCGGGUGUUGCCAGAGAAGCGCCACCCGCCAAGGAGAGGGCUGAGGUCAGAACCCGCACUGUUUCCCCACAAGAGUUGAAGGACUGCCUACCGGACGUCCCGG